GCGUUCAGCGGGCUCAGGAUAGCAGCAGCAGAAGAAGAAGAAGAAGAGGAGAGAGAGGAGGGAGGCUGAGAGAGAGAGAGAGAGAGAGAGAGAGAGAGAGAGGUGUGUGAGAGCGAGAUCCUCUCCUCCUGCAAAAGCAUCCGCGCAUGCAGGGCGUGUGGAUGUGAUGCCCACCCGGAGAGAGAUGGUGUAAACAAACCAGCUCUGCCCCGUCACUGAGCUCCACCGCGGAGGCCUUUGGGAGAUCUCUGACUCAGGCUCUCGUGCUCUGUCAGCGCACCUGUGGGUGCUGGAGCAGUCCCACUAAAGCUCCACCUGUGUCUCUCUGCAGGUUGCUUGCCCACGAUGUUGAGCCGUCUGUUCAGCGAGGUGCUGCCGGACGUCCAGAGGCUCGCGGCGGACUGGGUGGAGGACAACGAGAGCGAGGACUGCAAGGCCAAGGACGACGACGUGCACGAGCGCUGCCGCCUCGCGGAGGACGAGCUGGACGAGCCGCAGGAAGGCAGCAGCCGAGCCGAGUCCGAGAUGGCCGGCGACGACGACGACGAAGACGAGGCCGAGGAAGAGGAGUGCGAGGAUGAGAACGGAGGCGACAAGCCCAAGAAGCGCGGCCCAAAGAAGCGCAAGAUGACGGCCGCGCGCGUGGAGCGCUCCAAGGUGCGCAGGAUGAAGGCGAACGCGAGGGAGCGCACGCGCAUGCAUGACUUGAAUUCAGCGCUGGAUAACCUGCGCAAAGUGGUGCCGUGCUACUCCAAAACGCAAAAACUGUCCAAGAUAGAGACUCUGAGGCUGGCCAAGAAUUAUAUCUUAGCGCUUGGGGAGAUUUUACGCAACGGGAAGCGUCCAGAUGUGGUGACCUACGUGCAGAUGCUGUGUAAAGGCCUGUCCCAGCCCACCACCAACCUGGUGGCAGGAUGCCUGCAGCUCAACACCAGGAACUUCCUGACUGAGCCGUGCUCAGAGGGAGCCCGCUUCCACAUGCCCAGCUCUCCUUUCUCCGUCCAUCCCUACUCGUACCGCUGCUCCCGCCUCUCCAGCCCGCACUACCAGCCCGGAUCAGGCGCAAUUAACCUGCGGAGCCACUCCUACGGCCCAGGGUACGAGGCCGUGUACCCCCAGGGCGGGACAUCUCCUGACUAUAGCAGCCCGGACUACGAGGGCCAGCACAGCCCGCCCGUGUGCCUGAACGGCGGACUGUCCGGGCGGCAGCAGGAGUCCUCAGACACGGACAGGAACUAUCAUUACUCUAUGCAUUACUCCGGACUGACCACGUCCCGGCCCGGCCACAGCAUCCAGUUUGGGCCAUCGGGAGCGCGCAGCGGAGGUGCGCACUCUGAAAACAUUCCACCUUUCCACGACGUGCACUUGCACCACGACAGGGCUCCCCCGUAUGAGGACCUCAAUGCUUUUUUCCACAACUGAGCCCCCCCCACAACCAAUCAGAGCUGACAAUGACAAUCCUGCCAUGUGUAAUAAUGUUAGGGGCACAAGAGAAGCUUCUGGAAGGAGGAGGCAGAAAGAAUCCCCUGAUUUCCUUCUGUAUUCUACUGAUGUCAUCCCUAUACUGUGUUACAUCCUAUCAAAGUGUGUCCAGUAAUCUCCUGUAUGCAGAAUGAGUGCAUAAACCAUGUACA